AUAAUUCAUGAACAUUUGAUUUAGCAAUACGAGACCGGAGGUUGGACGAAUAAGCGAUGGACCAAUGGGAGUGGAGAGCGUAGAAAUGGAAGGUCUUAAUGGCUUCCUCUUUGCUUUUUGCAGUUGAAACUUGAAACUGUCCUACCACCCCUGACUGCUCUCAAUAACCCACAAAUCUAAAAUAUAUUAAUUAUUUUAUAUAAGCAAUGGAAAGGAAUCCCAAAGAUUAUGAGAGAGAAAGAGACGACAGAAAGUGAAUAUAAAUACCAGAAAAAGAAACAAUGAUGUGCCACACAAACCACUCAACACCUUUCUCUUCUGAUAGAGAAAGCAAAAGAAAAACAAAUAAAAAUAAAAAUCUCUCCUCUUUCAUAGUUUGAUUACAUUAAAUUCCUUCCUCUCUUUCAUCUUUUUUUUUUUUUCUUGUCUUAAACCCAAAGUGAUGGUCUGAUUGUUUUUCCCUCUUGGGAUUCUUGGGUUUUUCUUUUAAUAUAUUCAUGGGGAGGAACUAGUGGAAAGUAGAGACUUUUUUUUUUUUUUAAUCUAUCUAAUGAUGGAAUGCUUUUUUUGGGUUAUUUGUCUCCUGAUAAGUGCAAGAAAUGGCUAUAUCUCCAUGAAGGAAUGAAAGACCUUUUUCCCUGCACAUCCUUUGAACUAUGCAAUGCAAAGGAGAUGGAGAGCAAAAGACUGUGUAAAACAUCAUUUCAAGACUCAGUUAUUCGAGGAUGCAAGAUUUGAUAUCAAUUAAUGUAUUUGUUCAAUUUUUACGAGGAAAAGAUGUUGGUAGGAGAUUUUGAUAUGAAUUCGAUGCCACGAGACACUGAUUCACUUAAAGAUGUUUUCAAGCAGACCAUGCUUGAUCAAGAGAUCAUAUUCAGAAAGCAGGUCUGUGAGCUCCAUCGUUUGUAUAGUGUUCAGAAGACUCUAAUGAAGGAUCUUACAACACCGGAGCUUGAAAAGUACAAUUCAUGGAAAGCAAAUCUACAAUCUUUUCCCCAAAAAACAAGAUUGCCCACAAAUCCAAUUCCCAUGUUAGAGUCGGGAGUAUCUUCAAGUCUGGAGUUGUUAGAAGGGUGGAAGGACAAUAACUAUAAGUAUCAGCCUAGGCCUUUCGACCGUCAACUUGUACCUGAUCGGUAUAUUCACCUUGGAGAUAAUAAUAACCUUCCAAAAAAAGUAAAGGUUGGAGAUCACUUAAAGGAAACUUUGGGAGUAAAUUCUGUCCAUGAUGGUGGUUUCUCGGAUCCACUGGAGUUGAGGCUUUCUCUAAGCCUAGGAGUGGCCAAGGGGAAAAAGGAAGAUAAACAGAGAAGCAGGUGUGACAAGAAAACUAAUACCUUCUCUAGAAUUGUGAUUGAUCUGGAAGAAUCUACCGAGAGGACCUCAGAUGAGGAUGCAAAAAAUUCACCUUUUGAUUUUGCUGCAAAAGUUACUUAUUCUGGAGGAAAGCAUGAUUCACAAGUUGCAAUAAAUUCUAAUCCAAUCACUUCAGGAUGCAUGAAGAAAGAUUUAUCUUAUAAGAUAGCUGAGACUAGCUCCUUUGUCGGGGAUAGAAACUACCAAGACUGGAGUGAUUCUGAUCAAGGAUUAAAAUGCCACAGAAAUAUGCUACACAAAAACCUUUUGACCAGGAAGCAACAGUUCACUUCAUGUGGAAUGGGAAAUGUGGACCUUAAUGAAGUCCAGCUUGAUGAUUUGUCUUGUGAGUCUGAUGAUGCCAUAGUGGUCAAUCCUCUAAUGACUAGCUCGUCAUGUGGUUUUAGUGGACUGGUUAGCAAGAAUCAUGAAGCCAUGUGUCCAAUUAUACUUUGGGGAAAAGAAAUUAAGGAGUUCCCCAACGGCACUUCUGAGAUGAUUCAACAAGAAGAUGGUGUAAAACUUGAUUUAAUUAAUUCCAAUAACAAAGACAGGAGAACAGAAGUUCAAGUCAGAAAUUCUGAACAUUGUGGAAGGAAUGAAUGUGGAAUCAGUCUUAAUAAUCCUGCAUCUGAAUCCAGCCCCCGAAUAAACAUGCCUGAGGACCGUUGCAGCCAUGGUGGAAUCACAAAGAAGGGAAGGGAUGAGCUGAUACUGAAACUACAAAAUGGUUCUGCUCAUGGUCUGAACCCUGCAUGUUUUGUAGCUACACAAUUUGGUUGUGAGAAGACUGAAGAAGAGGAGAAUGUGUCGAUAUAUUCCGAUAAAGUUCAAAUUACUAUUGAAGAUGAACAUCAUGAUGCGUCUCCUCACUCAGGGAAGUUUAGUUGCAUUUCAGAUAAUGAUUCUAGUCCUAUAAGGACUAUGGAAUCUGGAAUUCAAUCCUGUAAUUCAACUAUUCCUGCUUCUGAUCAAUUUUCGGGAACCCAUGGGAGACCUAAAGUUGCAGAAACUUUAUCAGGUGAGCAGGAUCAAAGAUCUUCUGGCAGUAAUGAAAUGAAACAUGAGUGUUGCUAUAACAGGGAAGAAUCAGCCGAAGUGGAUGAUUUGAUCCAUAUAGCAGCUGAAUCACUUAUCCAUAUCUCCUUGGAGAGCUCAGCUUGCUAUCAGGAAUCUUCAACCCAGGCAGCAUCGAAUGAGUUAGAGAAUGAGGACAAGGAGCAGCCACAACGUUCUAUUGAUUCUUUUGAGUUAAUGACUUUGGAACAGGCAGAAACUGGUGCUGAUGAAUAUUCUGUAACAUCGAAGCCAUUUGAAGUAAGUGAUGGACAGACAAAAGAUUUUGGUAUCAAGUUGAGAAGAGGAAGAAGACUAAAGGAUUUUCAAAAGGACAUACUUCCGGGCCUCGCAUCUCUUUCUAGACAUGAAAUUUGUGAAGAUAAAAACAUUCUUGAGGGAGUUUUAAGAUCCAGGGAGUACAAGAAAAUGAGAGCCAAGAUGGCUAUUGGAGAGAACUGGUGCACACCGGUGAGAAGUAGACAGUCAAGGCUCAAUUAUGUUGGAAGAAAAACUUUUAGAUAAUAUUCUAGUUCACGUUGGAAACUUAAUCAGAUUUUUAACGUAAAUGUAUUGUGUAAUCCAACAUCUGUUAACUGCAAAUGAUCUUUUAACUAUUUUCUGAUAUAUGAUUCGACCUUUCAAUUGGUA